CGCUUAGCCAAUCAAGUAUCAAUCAGAUUACCAAUCAGAGCUUCGGACAUCAAUGUCGCUUCUCUCUUUAUUAUCAGGACUCUAGUUACUACCUACAGAUCCGAUUCAAGUAGUAGAUGCUAACCUAACCUAACCUCUCUCAGCCAUUUUACUAUUUACGCAAAAUUGAACGAUUUGAAAUCCGAUAGAGAAUAAUCGCAAACAUUCGUGAUCGACGUUAAAAACAGUUUGAAGUAAAUUGGAGCAAAUCACUAAUAAUGAGGGUAAUGGAGCUGUACAGCGGUAUCGGAGGAAUGCAUUAUGCGCUCUGUGAGAGUGGAAUUGCGGCAAAAGUUGUGACAGCAAUUGAUAUAAAUCCUAUUGCAAACGACGUUUACCAUCACAACUUCCCGGAAACUGUUCUUAUAAAUAGAAAUAUACAAUCUAUUAACGCACAGGAAUUAAACAAGUUGAACAUUGACAUUAUACUUAUGAGUCCUCCGUGUCAACCUUUUACUAGAUUAGGAUUAAGGAAGGACACUCUUGAUAAUAGAAGUUGCUCCUUGUUGCACAUUUUGAACUUGAUAUCAGAUUUAAAAGAUUUAAAAUACAUUUUGCUCGAGAAUGUUAAAGGUUUUGAAGUAUCUCAAAUGAGAGACAAGCUAGUAGAUUGUAUAGAAAGUUGCGGAUAUAUUUACAGAGAGUUCAUAUUAAGUCCAUGUCAAUUUGGUAUACCAAACAGUAGACACAGAUAUUAUUUACUGGCAAAAAAGAAUAAUUUGAAAUUCUGUUUUGAGCAAUCUUCAUUGGAAAAUGAUUUGCUGCCUGAAUUAUUUGAGUUACUGCCAAAAAGUAAGCACUUGGCAUUAGCAGAAAAGAAAGGCAAAAUUAAUCCAAAAUUUAACAGAUUGUGUUACACAUUAGACAAUAUUUUGGAAAAUAUUGAAGAAUCAAAAUAUUUAGUGCCUUCUAAAGUAUUACAAAAGAGAGCAUGGGUGUUGGACAUACGAACAUCUGAGAGCAAUGGUUCUUGUUGUUUCACCAAGGGAUAUGGUCAUUACGCUGAAGGUACAGGAUCUGUAUACUGUCCAUUUACGGAUGAAAUAAUCAGAUUAAAGUAUAAUGAAGUUGGCAGUCACGAGAACGAUUCAGACAAACAGUUGCAGAUUUUGUCAGAUUUGAAACUUAGAUUUUUUUCGCCUAAAGAGGUAUGUCGAUUAAUGUGUUUUCCAGAAGAUUUUCAUUUUCCAGAACAUAUUACAGAUAAACAAAAAUAUCGGCUAUUAGGAAAUUCAUUAAAUAUUCAUGUAGUUAGCAGAUUAAUACUUUUAUUAUGUACUGAAAAUGAAGAUAUAUGAAAAGUCAAUGAAA